GGACACGUGUACGCAUAAAUUAUCAGAAGUGACAGUUUUGGGUUGUGAUUCUGCCGCCGCUCAGCGUCACCAUCGCGCAUCGUCUGCUCAUCAGCUGCUUUUCGAGCGAGGGGGUUUACUUGACUUGAGAACCUCAAAAUAAACCUCACAAUGACGGCAUUUGCUGAGUUUGGGUGCAUCGAGUCACUUGUGCAGGCUGUUGAAGAUAUGGACUGGCUGCUGCCUACCGAUGUGCAGGCUGAGGCUGUUCCAUUAAUCCUCGGAGGGGGUGAUGUCUUGAUGGCCGCAGAGACAGGCAGCGGAAAGACAGGGGCCUUCUGUCUACCAGUGAUUCAGAUUGUCCAUGAGACACUGCGAGACGGCACAAGUGGCAAACUGGAAGGAAAAAUCAGGGCAAAAGCAGACACAUCCAAAUGGCAGAUGAAUGUGUUUGAUAGAGGCGAGGCAAUGGCCAUUGAUGCAACCGGUCUUUUGUGCCAGAGUAGAGAGGCUUCAUGGCACGGUACUCGCUCCAACCGAGGAGUUAUUAAUAGAGGCAAAUACUACUACGAAGCAACUGUCACUGACGAGGGAUUGUGCCGUGUUGGCUGGUCCACGUCCGAUGCAAACCUGGAUCUCGGAACUGAUAAAAACGGCUUUGGGUUUGGAGGCACAGGAAAGAAGUCAUUAGGUCGACAGUUUGAUACCUAUGGAGAGCCAUUUGGCAAAGAUGACGUCAUCGGUUGCUACUUAGACUUGGACAAUGGCACCAUUGAAUUUUCUAAAAACGGCGUGUACCUUGGUCAUGCAUUUGAUAUCGCCCAGCACCUUCUCAAAAAACCGAUCUUUGCUGCUGUUGUGCUGAAGAAUGCAGAAAUGAAGUUCAACUUUGGAGCGACACAAUUCAAGUAUAAACUAGAGGGAGGGUACAAGGCCCUAUGCAAGGCUACAGAUGACUGCGUGAUGAAAUCGCCAUGUUCAGGAGCCCAGCAGGCCACAGCUGGUAAGCCCCAGCCCAAUGCACCCAAGGCUAUCAUUCUAGAGCCAUCAAGAGAAUUAGCUGAACAGACCCUGAAUCAAAUCCAGCUGUUUAAGAAACAUCUGAAAGAGCAUUGCCCCAGGGAGUUGUUGAUUAUGGGAGGCAUGCCAGCUAAGGAACAGAUUGAGGCUUUGCAGGAAGGGGUUGAUAUAGUAGUAGCGACCCCUGGUAGAAUUGAUGACCUCAUCAGCACUGGCAAACUCUCUCUGAAUCAGGUUCAGUUUUUCAUUCUUGAUGAAGCGGAUGGUUUGCUGUCAGCAGGCUAUGGCCAACAGAUCGCACGCAUGCACAACCAGAUUCCCAAGGUUACCAUGGACGGGAAACGACUACAGAUGAUAGUUUGCUCAGCGACACUGCAUUCAUUUGAAGUGAAGAAGCUUGCUGAGAAGUUGAUGCAUUUCCCGACCUGGGUUGACCUCAAAGGUCAGGACAGCGUACCGGAGACCGUUCACCACGUGGUUGUCAAGGUGGACGCCAUCAGUGACACCUCCUGGCAACGGAAAGGAAACAAAGUACAGACCGAUGGAGUUCACAGCAAUGACAAAAUGCAGUAUGGCAGUCAGAGCAGAGAGACUCUUUCGGAGGCAGUCAAAAUCUUGAAGAUUGACUACCUGCUGAGGGCCAUCAACGAACACGAGAUGGAUCGUGGGAUCAUCUUCUGCCGUACCAAGAUCGACUGCGACAAUGCUGAGAAGUACAUGAAGCAUCUAGGCGGAGGUCCCUAUGCCACUGCCAAUCAUCAGUAUUCCUGCGUCUGUCUCCAUAGUGAUCGCAAGCCCCCAGAACGCCGUGACAACCUCCAGAAAUUCAAGGAUGGUAAGGUACGUUUCUUGAUCUGCACUGAUGUAGCCGCAAGAGGCAUAGACGUCAGGGGAGUCCCAUAUGUUAUGAACGUUACUCUACCGGAUGAGAAGGAGAAUUAUGUCCAUCGGAUCGGCCGCGUGGGAAGAGCUGAAAGGAUGGGUCUUGCUAUAUCUUUUGUGUCAACGGUACCUGAAAAGGUGUGGUACCACUCGUGUCCUAGUCGUGGGCGUGGCUGCUACAACACCAACCUCAAGGAACAUGGAGGAUGCUGUAUAUGGUACCAAGAAAUGCAAUACUUGGCAGACAUUGAAGAGCAUCUUGGUGUCGUGAUCGACCAAGCUGAACCCGACAUUAAAGUGGCCGCCAAUGAGUUUGACGGCAAAGUAGUCUACGGACAGAAGAAAAUCAAUACAGGGAGUAACUACAAAGGCCAUGUUGCUAUCUUGGCUCCAUCUGUCAAGGAACUGGCUCAGCUUGAACAGCAGGCACAGACGUCAUUCCUGGGGUUCUCAGGGGUGCAAAACACGUUGUUUGCCGCAUGAGGGGGGCGGGGCUAAAGGUCCAGGAAGAAGGAGGCGGCAUGCUGGAAGGACCACUGUUGUCAGUCCUACUUCAUAGUUUUUUGUUGAAGCUAGACAGUCUUUUAUUGAAGAAAUCCUUGGUCGCUUAGCACACCUUCAUUCUUGCAUCCAGCAUAUCCCAGAACCAAAUGUGAAGCGUUCUUGCAAAAUGACACACAACUGGGCAGACGUCAAAAUGAGUGUUUGUGAGUCUUAAGAAAGAUAACAAAAUUCUCUUUAGAAUGCUGUUUGUUGCACUUUAAUCGGAUAUUCCGUUGACAAGUUAUGGCUAUUUAAACUUCGCAUUUUUCGACAUGUCAAAAAAAUAAAAUACUGAGAAAAAGGCCUUCAAAGUUUCGACUGUUUUGUAGUCGUGAAUAUGAAAGAUACCAAUUGUUUUUCCUCAAAACACUUUUAUUCCAUGAUUUGUAUAGUAUUUCUUUCAAAUAAAAUGUGAAGCAGACAUAUCAAAGACUAAAUCUGAAAAUUGAAAACAAAAUCACCACCAUUUUUUUUUUUUUUUUUGUGCAUUUUUCUCCACUGCGGCCUGUGCCCAGUUUCGUCUCAUUUUGCCAUUGCGCUUCACAAGUGUUAUGGAGCCACCAAGCUGAAGAAGUGUUCAACACACUGUAUGUAAUAAGCAAAAAUACACGCAGAAUGCGGAGAACCAGUUAAAAGUAAUGUGCUUCAAGCUACAUUUUGGCUGGUAAGCCAUGUUUUGCUUAGGCAAAUAUAUUGUGUGCUUAGCAGAUUCCCAUGCUUAGCGGCUCAUGAAAUGGGCCUCAGAUCUUCUGAUAAGUUUAGUUUACUGUCAUAGUCUCAUUUGUCUGCAACUGUCAAAAGUUGAGGUCGGAGAAACUGUGUC